AUGACAGUUUUUGGGAAUCUGCUGAUCAUCAUCUCCAUCUCUCACUUCAAACAGCUUCAGUCUCCAACUCAUCUGAUCGUUCAGUCAUUGGCUGUGUGUGACUGUCUGCUGGGUUUACUGGUGAUGCCCUACAGUAUGGUGCGAUCUGUCGAGGGCUGCUGGUUUUUUGGAGAUGUUAUUUGUAAAGUUCAUUCUAGCUUGGAUGUAACCUUCUGUUUUUCUUCUUUAAUACAUCUUAGUUUAAUAUCUAUUGAUAGAUACUUAGCCAUCUGUGACCCUCUGAGGUAUAAAAUUAGGAUCACAAACAACACUGUGACUGUAUUAAUAACCCUUACAUGGAUCUUUUCAUUUGUGUACUGCUUUUCUGUUGUGGUUUCAGGAGUGAAUGCUGUUGGAACUAUAAUGAGCUCUCUGUAUAUCAUCAUAUUCAAUGUUGUAAAAAAACACACAAAGGUUUUGUCAGAGAAAGUGUCUGUGACCACCACAGGUGUUAACAGUCAAAGCUCUGCACACAGAGAAAGAAAAGCAGCUAAAACUCUGGCUCUUGUUAUGGGCGUUUUCUUUAUCUGCUGGCUGCCUUUUUCUAUUUCUGCUGCUGUUGACCCUUUCCUUAAUUUUGUGACCCCAGCUGUUGUUUAUGAGGCUUUAUUUUGGUUUGCCUAUUUUAACUCAACUUGUAAUCCUUUGAUCUAUGGAUUUUUCUAUCCUUGCUUUCAGAAGGCCUUUAAGACUCUCAUAUGCACUUAUAUCUGUGGAUUCAAUCAUUCACAUACUCUGACAUUUGAAUAA